AUGAAUCGAGCGGUUUCAGUAGGAGCACAAGUUUGUUUUUUUCCAGAAGCAAGUGAUUUUAUUGGGCUUAAUCAUGAAGAUUCUAUGGAACUUACGUUUUCUCACGAAAGAGAGGUGUUUAUUAAUGAAUUUAAAGAACAUGUGAAAUCAUUAAAAAUACAUGCAUCGGUAGGAUUUAGAAAGGUUGGAGUUCAUGAGCCUAUUAUGUCAAAAGAUCUUAUAGCGAAUAUGUGCCUUUGGAUAGAUGACCAAGGAAAUGUUGUACAUAAAUAUCAAAAGCUGCAUUUGUUUUCUAUUAAUUCAGUAGAUCAUCAAAGAAUGAAAGAAUCGAAAUAUAUAGAAGGGGGAAAAGGAAUUGUUCCUCCGUUUAAAACCCCGAUUGGGAAUGUUGGAUUAGCAAUAUGUCAUGAUUUAAGGUAUCCAGAAAUGUCUAUAAAGCUUCGAAAUCUUGGGGCAGAGUCUUAUGUAAUCGCCGCGAAUCAAGCUGGUAGACAUAAUGAAACUCGUGAAAGUUAUGGACAUAGCAUGAUUGUAGAUCCAUGGGGUAUUGUGCUUGCAUCUUGCUCUUCUGCUUCAAGAGAACCUUCUUUUUGUAUUGCAGACAUUGAUUCAUCACUCGUUCAUAAAGUUAGAAAAGAAUUACCACUUACUAGAAGAAACGAUGUAUAUCCUAAGAUAUAA